UUUGUUUGUUGCAAAGUCACUGGCUGACAGCAGCUUUAGCGACUGCUUCCCAUCUGACCGAUCCAAGACAGCUUGCCUGCUGUGCUGUGCUAACCUAGGCGCCAGUCCUCUACACGCCGAUCCUCAGUGUUCUAUAACAAUAUAGCAUAAUUAUUGUUAUACGAGUUGCAAGAAAUAUUAAGGAUGGCUGGCAACCUCUACUUGAUGGCGUAUAACUUAGCCCUAGUGCUCGGUUGGGGCUACUGCCUAUAUUUGACCAUAGAUACUAUGAUACUAAAGCAUGGAAGCACAGCGGACCUUUGGAAGGUCGUGGAGCUGCCGCUCAAGGUGUCCCAGACGGCCGCCGUUCUGGAGGUGCUGCACAGCGCCAUUGGCCUGGUCCGGUCGCCCGUGGGAAUCACAGGCAUGCAGGUGGCCUCCCGGUUGUGGGUGCUGUGGGGCAUCGUGAACCUGGUGCCCGAAGCCACCACCCGCGGCGCCGUGUCGCUGGGCGGCCCCUCCCUGCAGCUGCAGCUGGGCGGCCUCAGCCUGCCGCUGCAGCUCAACCUAGCUACCCUGCUGGCCGCCUGGUCGAUCACCGAGGUGGUGCGAUACAGCUUCUUCGCGGUCAAGGAAAUGCUCCGUACGGUGCCGUACCCGCUGCUGUGGCUGCGCUACAGCACCUUCAUCCCGCUGUACCCCAUCGGAGUGGCUUCGGAGCUGAGCAUGGCCUACCUGGCGCUUCCCACCAUCCGGAAGCAGCACAUGUGGAGCUUGGACAUGCCCAACGCCUACAACUUUGGGUUCGACUACACCAUUGCGUGCUACAUCAUCAUCGCCACCUACCUGCCAGGUCUGCCGCAGCUGUACUUCUACAUGCUGUCACAGCGGAAAAAGGUGCUGCAGGGCGCGGCUGGGGGCGCCGGAGCCGGAGCAGAGAGCAAGAAGAGCCGUUGAGGGGCCCCUCGGUUAUGGUUUGGGGGCCCGCGGGCGAGCGGGGUUGCAGGUUGGGGGAGCGUCUGUUGGCGUGGUGGGCUGCGGGGUCGUAGCCGGGGGCAGGUUCGUGCGGGGAUAAGUGGAGGGAGAGUUGGUGAACUUGUGGGGCGGGGGGGUUGCUCACAGCGGUAAGCUAUAUCCCUUUUGCAUGGGGCAACGCGGCUGCACAACUGAUAGUUGCAAUCAUGACACGAUUGGACGUUGCAGGUUGAGCGAUAGUUGCAGCAGGGCCUCCCAUUCCUCAUGUUGGAAAAGAUGUUGGGUGUCAGCCGUUUGAGCACGUUUUUGCAACGAUCCGGACUUUGAAUAAAGGUGUGUCGGCAACUGCCGCCGAAGCAAACCUACCCAACCUGCAUCGAGCAACCCUGCUGAUAUCUCAAAUGUAUCCCAAACAACGUGU